CCCGACUUUUGCUGUGAACUAUGUCAAGCUUAGGAGUGGAAAAACUCGUAUCUUGUUCAACAUCAGUCCUCAAAGUGGACUUCUCAUUCUUUCUCGGAUUCCUUUCGACUCUGUUCUUCAUGGGAAUUGUACUCCUGUCGUCUGUUUGGGGUUGCUGGGACUUGGAAUCUGUAGGCAGUAAACCAGAUUCAUCUAAGGCCUCUGGGAGUCUUGAAUCCGCUGUGUUGCACAUUGUUGAUGCAGUCACCGAGCGUGGUAUCGUCAUUGCCGAAUCCAUUUGUUCUACAGAUAACCUGGCUUCUAAUGAGCUGAAGGACGUUGAUGUGGCCGUAGAGCGUCUACAUGGCAUCGUAAUUGUCCAUUUUUUCUCGGAUGAAGACAUUCGUCGGCCACAGCAUCGGAGAACUGUAUUAAGAAUACUUGAUCUAGUAUCUUCGCCAUUCGAAUCUGCUUGUAGAGUAGGAUGGCUGUAGAGUUUUCUAGCCAUGCAUGGAUACAUGAAUGCAAGUACCAUAAGGGGUAAACAGUAAAAUAUUACAAAUGUAACCGUAUCGUAUAUUUUGAUCAGCUUGUAUGUUCCCUGUGCGUAGAUGCAAUAUGACUUCCCAUCCGGACUGAGGGUAAACUCGGAGAAAAAGAUCCAGGGUAAACUGUAGGCACAAGAUAAGAUCCAGAUGAUAACGAGUAUGACCUUUAUACGGCGUUUGUUGAAAAAUCGACUUCUGAUCGGGUAAACGAUGACGUAGU